AUGGCCGGUCAAACCAAAGUUCCAUUUGUUGGGGUGAGCUUCUGCGGGAACUCGACAUCAGUGCCGGUGCGAGCAUCUCAGAUAUGGGAAAAAAAGGCGGCCGAACUCAACCUUGACUUCAAUUUUCUCAAUCGAACAGAGAUCAAGCAAAGUCUGCUCACCUAUCUUGUCAAAGUGGAUAUCCAGCGACAGCCGAGCGUUGCAACCAAGUACAAUUUCAACUGGGAACCUUCCUCUUCUGAUUCUCAGGGCAAAUAUGGUGACCGCUUUAUUUCCAACUUCAUUGAGGGCGGAGCGCUCUUUGCUCGAGUUUCCAUCUUGACCAAUGAGAAGUCAAGUUUAUACGAGCUUAAACAAGCAGCUAAAGUAGUCUUCACUGCCUACGGUGCCAAAGUGGAACUCAAUGACGAUAUGAAAGCGAAGAUUGCGAUGAUACAGAAUACCUCCGAAGUUAAGAUUUACUUAUACUACGCUGGAACGCCUGUCAAGGUUGAAGCGGUCGAUGGUGCACAGAAUGACCUGACACGUCUCAAAGAGAUUGCCGAUUCUUUUUCCAACAAUGCCUCAACCCAUAAGUACAAACGAUUUGCGCUGUUGGAAAGAUAUACCAAUAUUUUCAACUUCAAAGAUGAGUUCACGCCACUUGACUACGAGGAUGCUAAAACAAGGAGCUGGACUGUCUUCACUGAUUUUGUCGAGUAUUCAGCUAUUCAGGAAAUGAUUCGAGCAAUCGAUUCGGGUAAUUAUACGAAUGGUAGAAGCGACCGCGACAGGCUGGAUGAAAAAGCCAGCACCCAACUGCAGGAAUUUAGAGACUGGGUAAAAGACGUGGCUAAAGAGCCUGAAAAGUGCAAGUCGCUGCCUCCGGUCCCUUAUCCUUCAGAGUUCCAAACCGAAGUCUUGCUUGCGCUCAAGACAACAAAGUACAUCGCUCAGACAAUUCACCUAAACAACAAGAAAACCCACUCAGUCAUUGAUGACCAUAAACACGACAAUGCCGAGGAGCUGUUCAGUUUCAAAGCCUAUGAUUUUGGACAAGCCUUAGGAACCAGCAAGAUCAUCUUUGGUAAAAAUAGUGAAGGAGAUAGCUAUAUCUGUAUGAUGGGAAGAGAAUCCAUCACUGCUGGCUAUAAGCAGAUAUGCGAGCUGUGGGGGUUCGAAAAGAAGUUGGAGAAGCUUGUUGAUAAAAAAGUGGGCGUCUAUCCUAUUGUUGGAAUGGGAACUAUAGAGUUGGAGCUGGAGGAUGCAACACCGCGUAAAGAUGAUGACUACAGCUUUUAUGUUAAAACCUGA